AUGAUGAUGAACAAAGGUGUUCUAGGUUCGAUUCUGUUCUUCAUGUUGGUUGGUUUGGUUCUUGUUGAGACUCGUCCGCUUGGUCUAACAAAGACUGAAGAGAAAAGGCUUGUAGCUGGUUUCUUUGAUGGCUUAUCACUUGGUUCGAUCAAAGGCUCAGGUCCGAGUCCAGGCAAGGGUCACAAUUUUGUGGAUCGGAGCAAUACAUUCAAGUUUGAUAAGCACUCCGGUCCAAGCCCAAGCGGACCCGGUCACUAAUUCUUCAAAUCUUUAACCGAGACGGUUUACGAGUUUAUCCACGUCUAGGUCCAAAACAUUAUUUCAUUUUUAUACUUAGAAAGAAGAGAGGGGAAAAAUCAAGAAGAGAAUGUCUUAUUGUUUUUCU